GAAGAAAUUGCUGCUGUAAACGAGCCCCGGAAACAAGGACGCGGCCAGACUUUAUAGCCGUGUGUGAUGCCACCUACCGGCGGAAUCAUUCUAUAAUAAAUACGUUGCCUUUCAACCUGUGCGACUGUACGCUUCCAACACCAACCUCUCACAAUGGCGCCUAUCAAGGCCCUCUUGGACCGUUUCAGCGAGCUUUGGGAAAAGCAGCUCAAAGGCGCCCAGAAAGCGCCGGCUAUCUCUCCCAACACUGCGGCUACACUGUCGGUCGUCUUUACACUCAUCUACAUCGUACCAUUCUAUCUCUCCCCAGCGACACGGCCCUCUCCGCAACUCUCCCGUGAUGCGCCGUCCUCUAUACGCGCGAGGGUGCGAGCAGUUACAUUCUCGUGUCUCAUGAGCCUGGCUUUGACCAUUUACGUGCUGUAUGAUUAUGGCAAAGCGCCUCCUCAGGAGAUUCUGAGGCUCCUCGGUGUCUGGCCGGUCUCCCUCCUUGAUACUGCAAAGACGAUGCUGCUCGUAACUAUUCUAUUUGCGGGUCCAUUGUUCGAAGCUGGGAUUGUAGAUGGUGGCGUGAAGGACUGGGUAAGAGGAAAGCGUUUGUAUGAAGAGCUUAGCAGCUGGAUUGGAUACAGAAAUUUCGUUGUUGGCCCCAUCAGUGAAGAGCUAAUUUGGCGCGCCCUGAUCAUUCCGCUCCAUAUUUUGGCACACGUCUCAGGCAAGAAAAUCAUCUUCCUGACCCCACUGUACUUCGGCAUCGCUCACGUCCACCACCUUUACGAAUUCCGCCUUACUCACCCGCAUUUCCCAAUGCACCUCGCCGUGCUCCGCUCCCUCUUUCAGUUCUCAUAUACCUCUCUCUUCGGUUUCUUCGUCUCUUUCGUCUUCCUCCGCACGGGGAAUCUCCUUUCGCUCAUUCUGACCCAUACAUUCUGCAACUGGAUGGGCUUGCCUCGGUUCUGGGGUCGCGUGGGUGUCGAAGCGAGCGUACUUAAUGAACCACCCAGCGUGGUGAAGAAGGAGGAUGACGAUGCUCCUGGCUCUCAGUCAAAGGGCCUCGUCUGGACGGUUGCUUACUAUAUCAUCCUUGUAUCCGGGGCUGUAGGGUUCUACUGGCAGCUCUUUCCCCUAACAGAAAGUAGCUACGCUAUGCCUGUAGUUUUGAUUGAGGAGUAGGAAAGGCCUCCAGUGCCAUUCGCUGGGCGUUUAUGAUUUGGGUAUACCGUUUUUUUAGGUAUUAAGAGGUGCUAAUAAUUGUCUGGAUCAGUGUGCUGAAAGGGUAUCCAAGUGGUACUGCUAGUGCAUGCAAAGAAUGUAUAGAUAUCUAGGAGCUUAUUCAACCCAUCUCGUGAG